ACUUCAGGAUGACAGGACGAGAGUUUCUUGAACUAGAUUCUCUGCAGCAAAGCCUAUAUUUGGAAAGACUUAGGCGGAUGGAAGUCAUACAAAAGAUUUUCAAUGAGCUUCCUAAAGCAGAUCAGAACCUUUGUAAUCAUGGAUCGUACUUCCUUGCGGCAAAUUCAAGCUUGUGUGGCUUAGCGGCAAAUAACUUCUUCAGGAACAUCCUGCACGUCAGAAGAGCUCCCAUAGUGGCCGGCGUGCCGAUGGCCGUUAUUCCAUUCCUUUCAACAGUAGCAGUUUACGAAGUUUUUGUGCGUCAGGCUUUAUUUUCAGGGGAGCUAAACUGCGAGGUCUGUGCUGUGGUCAGAGGGGGAUUAAUAGGGGCUGCCGUGGGUGGUCUCUAUCCUGUUUUCCUGGCUCUCCCCAUGAACGCAAGCCUUGCAGCCAGGUUUUCUUCAUCUCCCUUGCCAGGGAAAGAAAAUCUGUUACGCUACUGGCUCACAACUGCUCGGCCUGUCUUUAGAAAGAUGAGUUUGGGUGUACUUAUACAGGGGCUAACUGGAUUAUAUCUUGCCACCAAACAGCAUGGAAUCUAUGUCAAAAUACUGCAGCAGAUGAACGCUGCUAACAGGGAUCCUGAAGAGUUACAAGCAUAAAGUUAAGCAACUUUUCAGUUACCCUGGAUAAUAACCAUAAUAAACAA